AUGUUUAAGUUGUCUUUUAGUUCAAAUAUUGUUGGAACUGGUUCACUUAUGAGUCCUGAUAAUCUAUAUUUUCUUGACACAAUAGCUAUCUAUGGUGAAUCCUUAAAUGUGGAAACACGUGGUACUAAGCGUAAAAUUGAUAAUAAAAAUUCAGGAGCAUUAUGGCACAAACGUCUUGAUCACAUCUCUAAAAAUAGAGUUGAGAGACUAGUGUUUGAUGGAAUUUUAGAUUCCAUUAACUUAACGAACUUUGAUGUUUGUGUUGAAUGCGUUAAAGGAAAACAUACCAAACCAAAGAAAUUUGCUGCAUAUAGAGCUACAUAUGUCUUAGAAUUGAUACAUACAGACAUUUAUGGACCAUUUCCGACACCUUCUUGGAAUGGCCAAUAA